AUGUUAGCGCUACCCACCAGACGUCAGCACCUUCCGCAACAGCAUCAUACAUCCACCAUACCUUCACCACCAUCUUCACACCUUUCCUACCAACCCCAACCCCAACACUACGACGCACAGCAGCUCUUUGACCAAAAGCUGCUCCACGACUAUCUCGAGUCGCAGCAGCAGUCGUUAGCCACGUCGGCCGUCGGUGCGUCCAACUCGUUCAUGACGAGUACAUACGACUUUGCGAACCCGUCCAUCCGAAUUCAGCAGUCGACACCCACGCCACAGCUCUCUCAGAACGGCUUCUCGCAGGCCCCGAUGCUAUCCGCCAACGCCGCCAACACUGGACUCGAGUCUUGGAAUUCGUACGGUAAUGUGCAGAGCCAGUCAUUGCAGACACCGCACACCCAGAACAGGGGACACCAGCGCGCGUCCUCUUCGUCCUCGGUAGGGUCCAACGCCUCACAGUACCAGGCAGUAGGGCCUUCUGCAAGUUACCAGUACGUCGCUCACCCCGAGUAUUUGCCAUCGCACUCGACUGCGGUGGUGGCUGUUGACUCACUAGCCAUGGCUGACACACUUUCAAGGGCCUUCUCGAACCAUCUGCCGACUCCCACCCACACACCGACCCAAGACUCGUUCAUGGGUAACAACAACUUCAACAACAACUAUACACCCACUUCCUCCACUAUGGACCAGACCAUGGCCGCACACAUGUCGAUGAAGCAAGCCCUCAUGGACCAGGGUGACGAUGUACCAGACUUUGCACACUCUGCAAGGCAGUCAGUAUCAAGUUACGGGCAUGAUUCACCCGCAACGCCGCACACGGCUCAGAGCGACGAUAUGGACUUUAAGAUGCCCGCAAAUGGUGAGACCCUCCACAAGGUCGACUCUUGGCUCUUCAAUCAGUUCUGUACUUACGACGAUGAUCUAGAAAUGCGACAGCACAUUGUUCCCAAGUUUGAAAGAACAUAUACCGAUAUUGCUGCCGACAACUUUUACGACCCCAGCACUGUCGCUGCAUCAUCGAUACCACAAACAAAGCCGGCGCAGUCUUCGCUACUAUCGCCGUAUCGAAGCAACGCCAACGAGAACGUCCAGCGUGCGCUGCAGGCAGCACAGUACGCGCGUUCGCAGUCACCAAGCAGCUCAGCCUCACGAGGUGACUCUCCGUUCCGAAGAGGCUCACCAUAUCGUCAGCCUAACAGUAGCUUCAACUCACCAAUGGUUGGUACUGCUGCUGCGGCACGUGAGCAGAACCGCCAGGCUGAUGCGGCUUACGCAAUGAAGUCGCAGAUGCAGUCUAGCGACGACACUCAACCAAAAACCAUCUCGCCCAAGGACGCUCUGUUGGACUACGGCGAGCCUGACGAAGACUCAAAGGUGCCAUUGUUUCCAGACGGUGGCGCAAGCGAGUACGACGCCCAAUACAACGGUGGCGACCAAUAUAGAAACGCCACCCAAUCCACCUUUGACACAACAUCGACACAGGCCUACCGCCGCGACGGUUGGGCAACACCUCAGUUCUCAUCAAAUUUUCCGACUACGGCCGCUCCAUCACUACAACAACAAGCCUCGAACUUCAACUUCGUUGCUCCCUCAGUUCAAAGCAACAUUAACAACAUACCCUUGGCGUCGACAUCACAGUAUCGGUCCACGCCUAGCAGUAUGCCAGCCGCCGUCGACCAAACACCAGAGUUUCCAGCACACUUGACCUCCAUGGAAUCAAGCGCUAGCGAAGCUGAGCCACCAAAUGGUAGCCAAAACAGCGACCUGUUUCUACGCAAACCGACCUCAUCGGCGGCAGAUUCGGGUACCUACUCUUGCACAUAUCAUGGCUGCUCACAGCGUUUCGAGACUCCGCAGAAGCUCCAAAAGCACAAGCGUGAGGGCCAUCGAAACACCAGUCUCAGCACCGCGAUGACAUCAGCGGCUAUCCUAGAGCGGAACUCGCAGGCGGGCCCUCACAAGUGUGAGCGCAUCAACCCGACCACCGGGAAGCCUUGCAACACUAUAUUUUCACGUCCGUACGAUCUGACCCGGCACGAAGACACGAUUCAUAAUGCGCGCAAACAAAAGGUUCGCUGCGCACUGUGUGUCGAGGAAAAGACCUUCUCGCGCAACGAUGCACUAACACGCCACAUGCGCGUUGUGCAUCCUGAGGUCGACUUCCCCGGAAAACAUCGUAGACGUGGCGGUAACCAUGACUGA